GAUUGAGGGGCUGACCUGGAUACUGCAAGAUUUUGGGUUAGGAAGGUGAGAAGAACCCAGUCAACAGUGUACCAAAGGGAAAGGGGCAUGGUGGGGGCAGUUCUAUACCAGUAGAGAGAUCUUCACUGAAAUUGUUUAGAAUCCUCAGCACAUGGUAAUAAUGAAGAGUAUUUUUCAUUUACAUUUUCUAUAGACAGUGUGUCUCUUUACCAUCUGUACCUGGAGCAGACUACUCUUUCUACUCCCACCACCCACUACUUCUCUCUGGUUCCAUGGGAACCAAGACAAAAGAUGGAGAAGCAGCAGCUGGAGUGGUGGCCCACACUAGGUAGAAGAAAUGUCAACGAUUAGGAGUUUUGAGGGAUUCCACCCUGUGUCUCUGAAGCAAGAGGGAGAUGACCAACCCUCUGAGACUGACCAGCUGUCCAUGGAGGAGAGGGACCCAGGCAAGGACCCGGAGCCAAGGCAGAUUUCAAGGCAGCCAAGUGUGACUGAAUCAACACUCUACCCCAAUCCUUAUCACCGACCUUUUUUCUCACGGAAGUACUUUGCUACACGGCCAGGGGCCAUUGAGACUGCCAUGGAAGACUUGAAAGGGCACAUAGCCGAGACUUCUGGAGAGAAAAUUCAAGGCUUCUGGCUCUUGACAGAGAUAGACCACUGGAACAAUGAGAAGGAGAGGAUUUUGCUGGUCACAGACAAGACUCUCUUGAUCUGUAAAUAUGACUUUAUCAUGCUCAGCUGUGUGCAGUUGCAGCGGAUUCCCCUGAGCUCCGUCUACAGAAUCUGCCUGGGCAAGUUUGUCUUUCCUGGGAUGUCACUGGACAAGAGACAAGGAGAAGGCCUUAGGAUCUACUGGGGGAGUCUGGAACAGCAGUCCUUCUUUUCCCGCUGGAACCCAUGGUCCACUGAGGUGCCUUAUGCGACCUUCACUGAGCACCCUAUGAAAUAUUCCAAUGAGAAGUUCCUCGAAAUUUGUGAGUUGUCUGGGUUCACGUCUAAGCUUGUUCCAGCUAUCCAGAAUGCCCACAAGAAUUCCACUGGAUCUGAAAGAGGAAACGGACUGAUGGUGCUAACUGAACCCAUUUUGAUUGAAACCUACAUGGGGCUGAUGUCAUUCAUUGGAAACCGCAACAAACUUGGCUAUUCCCUUGCCCGUGGGAGUAUUGGUUUUUGAGAUGUUUUUUGGUGUUUAAGUAUGUCAUCCACUGAUACAUAUUUAUCAAAGAUUCUGUUUCAGGCCACCAUAGUUUUGGAUUGAAACAAUUCAUUACUUCCUAAUACUAUAACAUGAUUUUGAAUACUUAGUGUCUCAGGAAAUCUAAAAGCUUGACUAGACUGAUAUGUGUACACUUCAGACCUCGUGUAAGUAUGACCAAAUUUCCUAAAACCAGAAAAUACAUUCU